GAACGACAUCAACGGCCUUCUCCUCUCACAGCUUCACCUUCCAUUUCUGGUUUCUUCGUCUUCGUCAUCUUCUUCGUAUCUCUCCCUAAAGAAAGCAGAAAGGAAGUUUAAAAUCAGUCAAUCGAAAUCAUCAAUCCUCCUUUUUUGCUCUGUUGCUUUUGAUUGUUCAUAAUUCAAACAGUCCCCCCUUUUACCGAUGGAAGAUCAUCAUCAGUGGCAUGACCCACUUCUCCUCACUGACGCAAUCUCUUCCCAGCAACAGCCCUGCCCCUACAAUUCAAGCUCUUCCUUACCGAGCUCGAGCAAGUUGGAGAUGGCGAAUCUUGAUUCGCCUUGCAAUCCGGAUUCCGACAUUGCUUGGAGAAAUCAGAGCUUAGAAGCUGAUGAGAUGGAAAGUCCAGGUGAUCCACUGGCGAAGAAUGCUAUUCAUGGUCACUCGAUGUUGGGGUUUUCACUGACUUCUCCUGACCUAGUGAUCUGUGCUGGCUCACCCGAUGUGCCUGGUAAAAGCAGUAGAGACUCUACUGAAAAGAAGUGUCUCCAGAAAAUGGAGCCUGCUGUCGAGCUUUCUCUGGAUAAUGGCAUCAAAGGGUCAUCCGAGAACAAGAGAAAUCGCGAUCACUUAGCCGUGAGAUUUUCGACAGCCUGCCCAACACUUACUCAAGUUUUGUCUCCUGGGAGUUCCUUUGAGCUUCUCCCACCAACAGUUGUUGAGGACAAGGACAGUUCCUUGAUGCCAGAAGAUGAUAAUGGGGAUAGCGAGUUUGAAGGAGAUACUGACGAGCUCGUGAGAAACUACAAGAGCCAGAAAAGGGAACUGAUCAAGACAAGGAAAGCAGUGGAAGAGCUAAAGAAAGAGAACCAGCUUAAGACUAGAGAGUGCCAGGAGGCACUGAGGUCUCUACAGGAGCUCCAGAGUGAGCUCAUGCGGAAAUCGAUGCACGUCGGUUCUCUGGCCUUUGCCAUUGAAGGGCAGGUGAAAGAGAAGAGUAGGUGGUUUUCGUCUCUGAGAGACUUGACAAGAAAAUUGAAGAUUAUGAAAAUGGAACAAAUAAAGCUCUCCAAGGAGGCCGCAGCAUAUAAAAAAUGUGUGGAAGAUGUUAGCAUUAUAAGCUCCACCAUUCAAUCCAAAAUGAAUGAGCAAGAAGAGUUACACAAGGAUCUUACGGUCAAGUUUGUAGAAGGAGCUAAGCGGCGGAAAGAACUAUAUAACAAGGUUCUGGAGUUGAAAGGAAACAUCAGGGUGUUUUGCCGGUGUAGGCCUCUUAAUGAGCAAGAAGUCACAGCAGAAGCUCCAAUGGCAGUUGAUUUUGAGUCUUCGAGCGACGGUGACCUGACUGUUAAGUCUAAUGGGGCUUUUAGAAAGACCUAUAAGUUUGAUGCUGUCUUUGGGCCCCAAGCAGACCAAGCUGAUGUUUUCAAAGAUACGGCUCCAUUUGCAACAUCAGUACUUGAUGGGUACAAUGUCUGCAUAUUCGCUUAUGGCCAAACUGGGACAGGAAAGACUUACACGAUGGAAGGGACUGAGGAGGCUCGUGGAGUUAACUACAGUACCCUUGAGGAGCUCUUUCACAUAAUUAAAGAGAGGGAACAGAUUUAUCAAUAUGAUAUUACUGUCAGCGUACUGGAAGUCUACAAUGAACAGAUAAGAGAUUUGCUCGCCUCCGGAACACAAUCAGGUCCCCCAGCCAAAAGGCUUGAGAUAAGGCAAUCGGGUGAAGGAACUCAUCAUGUUCCUGGACUCACAGAAGCACAUGUAAACAACAUGAACGAAGUUUGGGAAGUUCUGCAAACUGGGAGCAAUGCGAGAGCUAUUGGCUCGACUAAUUCAAAUGAGCAUAGCAGUCGGUCCCACUGCAUACACUGUGUGAUGGUGAAAGGAGAGAACCUUUUGAAUGGAGAAUGCACAAAAAGCAAGUUAUGGCUUGUGGAUUUAGCAGGAAGUGAGAGAAUUGCAAAGACAGAAGUACAAGGAGAAAGGCUCAAAGAGACUCAAAAUAUCAAUAGAUCUUUGUCUGCACUUGGAGAUGUUAUAUCGGCUCUUGCUACAAAAAGCCCGCACAUCCCUUUCAGGAACUCCAAACUCACCCACUUGCUCCAAGACUCUCUAGGAGGAGAUUCGAAGGCCCUCAUGUUUGUGCAAAUUAGUCCUAACGAAAAUGACAUAAGUGAGACAAUAUGCUCGCUUAACUUUGCUAGCAGAGUGAAAGGAGUGGAGUUGGGUUCAGCUAAGAAGCAGCUGGACACUGCAGAGUUAGUAAAGUAUAAGCAAAUGUUUGAGAAAGCGAAACAAGAUCUAAAGAUCAAGGACAUGCAAAUGAAGAAGAUGGAGGAAACAGUCCAGUCUCUGGAUCUGAAAGUUAAAGACAGAGAUCUUAAAGCCAAGAACCUGCAGGAAAAGGUGAAAGAGCUCGAAGCCCAACUUCUUGUGGAGAGAAAGCUAGCAAGACAGCAUGUGGACACGAAGAUAGCAGAGCAACACCAGCAAAUGAAAUUGCAGGACGAGCAAAACGUCGCAAUGGUAAGGCCUCCACUCAUGAGCCGCCAGCCCAGCAGCCUCAAGGACCCUCCGACUCCGAGUCUUGCUUGGCCCCUCAUGGAAAAUAAUAAUGGCUCGAAACCUCUCUUAGAUGGCUUUCCAAAGUAUACUGAUGUUGCAGAGAAGGAAAAUAACCCGGUUUGGUUGGAACAGCCAUUGAUCCCGAAGAGGACGGGGAGAGCAUCUCUAUGCCCAAUAGCGAGAGCAAACCCAUUAGGUCCGGCUCCUAGAAGGAUUUCAAUGAUCCCUUUACCCACUGCCUCGGGCCUGAAAUCAGGCCCACGUGAUCUUACACCUUUACCAUUACAGCCAAUAUCAUUCCCUGAGAAGGACGAAGAGGAGGUGGGAGGUUAUGAUCCUAGUUGCUUGCCUGACAAGAUUCCUACAGAUAGCCCGAGAGGGACAAAGAGCGGAGUUAAGAAGCUCAGCAACAUACUGAGACGAAGCAUCCACAGGAAAAUGAAGUCUCCUAUGCAGAUCAGGAGAGGUGGUGUCAACGUUGGAAUGGAGAGGGUUCGUGUUUCGAUUGGAAGCAGAGGGAGGAUUGCUGCUCACAAGGCAUUGCUAGGAAAUGGAAAAGCUGCUCGGGCAAAGGAAUUACAGCAAAAACAGAGCCAGAAGGAAAAGGAGAGGGGUUGGAAUAUUGGAACUGGUAGAACUCUUAUUUAGGUUCUGUGAAUGCAGGUGUUUUAGACUUUGGAGGGAGAUAAUUAUUUGUGUGGACUCUCUCCCCUCUUUUAUUUAUUUAUUAUUUCUUUUUUUUUCCUUUCGGCUUCUGUGAUGAUGUUUGUCAUCCAAGUUCCGAAGAGGGCUAAACUCGAACUGAGCUGGUGAUUAUUCUAUGUACAUAGUGACCGAUUCAAGAUUGGUGAUUGAAUGAAAAUGUUCUUGUUCUCAAUGGUCGAA